AUGAAGGUCUCGGAAGUUCUCGCUCGAUUGCAAGCCUGGCUGAAGAAGUGGGGGUUACGCUUGCUAUUUGCCAGCCUUGGGCUUGGUUCGAAGUCGGUACAAGAGGCGAACGUCAAAACAAUACUUGACAAGAAUACGAAGAAUGUUUUACUCGACCUCACUGAGCAAAUAAGCAAGGAGUCAUCCCGGUACCCUGUCGCACAAGGCAGCUUUGGGGAUGUCUGGAAGUGCACACGCGAGCGCCCUCGAAUCACGGUAGAGGUUGCAGUAAAGUGUUUGCGACUUGAGAUUCCAAACGAUAGUUACAAAACAACAAUCAUUGAGAAACUGGAACGGGACUUGCAGCGCAACAUUCAGCUGAAACACGCCAAUUUGUUACCUUUCCUGGGAAUAACUCAAGGGUUCGGUCCGCUACCUGCUAUUGUCUCCCCAUGGAUGCACAAAGGCUCACUUACCAUGCUUCUGGAACGUGAUUUCCAGCAACUCACUCUUACUCGAAUACUUCAAAUUCUCAAAGAUGUUGCUUCAGCUCUUCAGUACUGUAUGCGACAAAUGUCAGUAUUCGGCUCAAAGCUAACAUGGAUGUUAGUGCACUCCAAAAAAAUAGUUCACGGCGAUCUCACCGGCAAUAACAUUCUCAUUGACGAGAACGGCAACGCCUUCGUGGCUGACCAUGGGAUUCUCAUUUUUUGUGCCGAGCUCCAUGGCACGUCAUAUAUCAGAAGCAAUGUGCGAUGGGCUGCACCUGAAAACUUUCAAGUCCCGGGGGAUGACGAGUCAAUAAGCUCGCCCCAAUUAGCGUCAGACAUCUAUUCUUUCGGGUGUAUCAUGUUGCAGGUUUUUACAGGAAAAGUUCCGUAUUUCGAAUUUCGAAGUGACCAUCAAGUUACUGUGCAGAUACUCAGAGGCCGGAAGCCUGCUCGACCAGUGACUCCGCCUAUUGCGGAUGUUCUAUGGGAUUUCAUGCAGAAGUGCUGGGUUGAUGAGCCGAAACACAGGCCUUCAGCCAACGAUGUCCUGAUAUUUGUACAGGGACAACUGAAAGUGCCAUAGGAAAGCUCCUGGCUCUCCCAUGCGACUCGUGAUGCCGUGACAUGGCAAUUUUAUAUCAUGCCUUAUAUCUCUCUUGACAACUCACUCCUGCCGCUCCCAGGCUUGGGAUUAUCAUGUCAACAUAUCUACAGUUUUCCCGAUAGGCUUGAAUGCAGAGUAGUAGACAUAUGAUAUUAUGCUACACCGUAACACACCUUGGGUGACGCACAUUAGUAUUUAGUCCUACCACUAGUGUACAUAGUCAUAAUGCUACCGUCAGAGGCCUAGCUA